UCGGACGCGCGCUCGGUGCUGUAUACUUUACGUGACCGUUCAGUGUUAGUGAUCUUGUGUAUUUCGAGUGUUAAACUGUUGAUGGGACAUGAGUGGCAUUGUAGUUCAGACUACGUUAUAGGACUAAUCAGAUAUGCCGCAAGGGCUGUUCCACAGGCAAUGCGCGUGACCUGAGCGCGAGAACAUGGAGAUCGCCAACCUUGUACUGACACUCAUAUGUGUCAUCUCCUUCACAUGCACCCACGCCAAAAUAGGAUACUUCUGGCACAUCACAGAUUUCCACUAUGACCCGUUGUACACAUCGCAAGGCGACACUAGAAGACAUUGUCGGAGAGCUGACGAAAGGGGUAGCUCAGGACACCACAGAGCGCUUGGCCGUUAUGGGGACUACUCGUGUGACAGUUCAUUGGAACUUAUCGAGUCUGCCGCGCGGUACAUGCGAACCAGACAUUCUGAGAAUGUCGAAUUUGUUCUGUGGACUGGUGACAUCAUCGCAGCAAGAUACACAGGCAAUGAGGAAGAAAAGUACCAGGCUAUCAGAAACAUGACGGAGCUGUUAAGUAGAACCUUCAGCUCGCACUUCGUGUUCCCAGUGCUAGGCCACUUGGACCCGGCGCCUUCGGUCCAGCUGACCAAUUUAUGGAUGCACUGGCUGCCUUUGGAGGCGUUACAAACUUUUCAAAAUGGUGGCUACUACACAAUAGAGCAGUCAUAUAGCAAGUUAAGAAUAGUCGCGUUAAACACCAAUUUGUUCAACAUUAGAGAAGCCAAUGGGGUCCAAGCUAAGCGCCAAUGGGAAUGGCUGGACGCCGUACUAGAAAAGGCUACUACUAAUAAAGAAAUGGUGUACAUAGUGGGUCACGCAGCCCCCGGAUCUUACUCCCAGUAUGGUGCUGGUGACCCCAACGCGAAGUAUCUGCGCAUGGUGCGGCGCUACGCGAGGGUCAUCGCAGGCCAGUUCUUCGGCCACCUCCACGCUGAUACCUUCAGGGUCGUUUAUGAUAACGAUCGGCCAGUAUCUUGGGCGUUGUUGGCUCCAUCUGUGAGUCCACUUGGAGAGAGAGGGUCGUCUAACCCAGGCCUUAGACUGUAUAAAUUUGACACUAAUAAUGGCAAGGUUCUAGACUACACCCAAUACUACUUGGACCUUUCCGCCGCCAACCGCAACGCGGGCGUAGCGGAAUGGACAGCCGAGUACAACCUCACUCAAUACUACGGCUUGCACGAAGUUUCGGCGUUUUCACUACACAAUUUGGCAGACAAACUUCGGAUAGGCUCCCCGCACGAGACCGUAGCGUUCAACAAGUACCUUCGCGCAUAUAACGUAAGGCACGAGAGUACAGACUCUUGCGACGGCGCCUGCGCACACCAACAUUUCUGCGCGAUUACUUGUCUCGAACAAGAUGCUUACAGGCAAUGCGUAGAAGCUGCAGCGAGCGCUCUCGCCGCCGCUGGUAAAUCCGCUCCGCUUGUCGCUCCUCCCGUCAACAAAAUAAUAUCCCUUACUAUGUUGGCUGUAAAUACUCUUUAUAUAGUAACAUACUAAAAAUUAAUUCUUCAUAGCGUUUUGUGCCGAAUGUAAUAAAGAACUGAAAAGGGGAGUACGUAAACUCUUUUUUAAUGUACACAGUAAAAAUUUUAAUUGCUUCAAUUACUGUAAUUAUGUGUAAUUAUGAUAUAAUGUGCGUAUGAGAAAUCGCUACUUGGCAUUUGUGAUAUAGCUUGCUACCAAACGGUAGACUUAAGGAAAUGUAAGUAAAUUUUUGUCAUAGUUUUUAGUGAAAUUGUAAAUAUUCAAUUGAUUUGAAAAUUAAAAAAAAAAUGUAAUUAGUAAAUUAUGGUCUGUAUGUAUAAAUUUUAAAAUAUUUUCAGAAGACAAAGUUAAACAGUAAAACACACUUCAUAUAGCCUUUUUUAAGUUAUUUUUAAUUUUAUAAUGUUACAAUGCAAUGCCAUGAGCGGAAUCAGAUUAUUAAAAUUUUCUUAAUAUAAAUAUAAGUACGUAAUAAUUAUUUUAUAUUUGCGGUAUUUCAUAUCUCACAGAUACGGAAUAAUGAGUAAUAUUUCUUUUUUGUAAUCAAAUUAAAAUUUAAUAUCUAGUUAAUAGCACACAGUACUUCUGCAGAAGAAAAUGUGAUUUUAUUAUAAGAUUAACGUAAAAUUUCUAUAUAGAUAUAACUAAAAAAUGAAAUAGUAUGUAUGCUGUAUAUAGUUUCAAUUAUUGUUUUAGGUAAUGUAUAUUUAUGAGGAGCAACUAGUUUAUAAGAAAUUCUUCAUCAUUUAGAAAUAAAAAUUUUGGCGCUCUGAGAGGUUAGUGCGAGUCGUACUCGUUCAAACGAGUCGAGUAAGUAACCGUCAAUUUCUAUGCGAUUCAAUCAGCGCUACCUAGUGGUAACGGGAUGGUACCAUCCAUAUGAAAUCAGGUUACAGGAAACUAAAAAUGUGGCAUCAAAUCUUAUUGAUUUUGAUCACCCAGGUGAUAAAUGCGUAAUUUGAUCACCCAAGUGAGCUCGGCGCAUCUGAUCGAGUAAAAUUAGCACUUAUACCUCUGUUUAUUAAUUUGUCAGUCACUUUUGCCUUAUAUAUAAAUGUUCAGAUAUUAUUCUCUUUGCUUUGGGGCUAAAAAUUAGGUUAUCAAAUACAACAUGACUACAAAUUCCAUAUAAAGUGCAUUUUUAUUGUAAUAAUUAUAUUCAUUCUUUUAUAAAAAGAAUAUAACAAUUGUUAUCAUUCAAUCCAUGUCCUUGUAUUUUCAAAACAUCUGAAGUGAAAUAAAACAAAAGAAAUAACGAUAGUUCGAUUAAAUAAAUCGUUUUUUAUUUGCAUUCCACGAAAUAUGUUUUUGUAACAUAAAACCAUUUUGACUAUUAUUUGUUUUAUUUUGCAACAGCUGUAAAUAUUAAAAUCGAUAAAAACUCAAAUACAAUGGAAUAGAUGUAUAUGUAUUUAAUAAGAUAAAAACAAAUUUAAUAAUUGUUUUUAUGUAUUAUUCCCAGUAUUGACAUUAUUUACUUUUAGUCGUAUUGGUGUUUGACUAUGUUAGAAACGUAUUUAUUGUAACUUAAUCCGUUAUUUAAUAAAACAAUGAAAUACUGCAUU